AUGUACCGCUUGGGAGCACGUGUGCUCCGCGGAGGUCUUCCGCGGGCGCGGACACUUUCUUCCGCCUCCGUUCCGCACGUCCAUUUCUCCACUUGCAGUGCCCGUUUGAUCGUCGGAAUCCAAAACAGAACGAUCGAACGAGGUCUGGCCGGACAGAAGAGGUUUUAUUCCAGUGGGUACGUGCCUUUCGCGAAGACAUGCUAGACAGACAAUUGAACGAAUAAAGAUUUUUUUUAACUUGUUAUUUUCGCGAAACCGAAAUGUUUUUAGAAAAGACAAAGAUUACGAUGAGUCGCUUGCGGUGGAGGAAUCGCUGGAACUUUAUAAGGAUUUGGUAAGUAUCUCGCAUAAAAUGCCUUAUUUAUCGACUCUUUGCAGGGCGGAAUGUCUCCGAUCCACGUGCCCGCAGACAUGCCGAACGUGCCGAUUCUGGCAAUCAAUCGAUAUCCGCUCUUUCCCGGAUUUAUCAAAAAAGUCGAUGUGAGCGUGUUUUAGAAAUUGUGUGGAAAAUCGCGAUCGCUUCUUCGAAAAUUUUGUGUUUUUGUUGCAGAUUGUGAAAGACGACAAUUUGAAGGCUCUCAUUCGCCGCCAACUUCAGCUGAAACAACCGUACGCCGGAGUUUUUGUGAAAAGAGACGACGAGUACGUUUCUUAUUCGAAAUGAAGAAUGUAGAUGUACGGUUUCAAAGUUUUCGCAAGUAUUACGACGAGUUGUCCGAGACAGUAUCGCGCGGUUUUUCAUGUUUCAAAAUAAUGAUUUUAGUCUGGUUCACAAUCCCGUAAAGGUAUUAAGAGUCGAAAAUGUUUGUAUACGUAGGGGGCGCAACAAAGGGGGCGUUGCCUGCCGAAUUUUCUCCCCGGUCGCGCCGCGCAUGUUUGAGGGCCUGUACCGAGGUCCCCAAACCAAGUGCUAUAUUCAAAAUGUUUUACUUUAUGUAAUCGGCCAUACUGAAUCAAAUGAACAGCUCCGUUUUCCAUGAAAACGCACAGUUUUCUCAAAAAAAGGAGAAAACGAAAAUGGAAGUUAGUCUGAGAGCCACUGUGGCCGGAGUUUGUGCAACACGCGGCUUCUGAGAAGUGAUUCUGACAGUUUAAGGGAUGGGGAAUCCGUUUUUGAAAUAAAAUUCAAAUUUCGUUCCGGCAAACAUUGUUUUUCAGACCGUCAAAGUGCCAAAAAAGUUAGCGAAAAAUUUUCAGCGAUGACCCCACUUUUUUAUGUUUGGAAUGCAUAGAUAAACUCUCUCAGAAGCCAAAUAUAAAAUUUCAGAGCUCUAGACCCCCUAGGAGCAUUUUUGUGUUCGAUUGAGUAGGCCCCAUUCGGCCGAAUUUCUUGUUUUUCGAUAAUUUGAAGGUGAGAAACAGCCAACACGCGGCUUUUCUCCACGGAAUCGGAUUCAGCGUGAAAUUCUCUACAAAAUCCAUCUAUUUAUUCAAAAUUUCAGCCCGGCAAACAUCUUCAAAUUUUCACAUUUUUGCGCUGAAAUUCCGCAAAAGUCGCAUCAAAAAUGAAUGGCGAACACCGAGCUUCUCAUUGCCAUUGGCGUUCGCCGCGCCUCCGCCCGGUUGGCGCAGUGGCAGAGUGCUCACUCGGCAGUCUGGAGGUGUCGGGUUCAAAACUUUUGAUCUCGAAAGUUGUUUUGAUUUCUUAAAACAUCAAUUCUGUUCACUUAAUAUGUUGCCUCUUUGGUGUCUUCCACCAAACAGCGACACGAAUCGCCUGCCAGCGAGACUCCGCCACCUCCUGGGCCGCCGACCGAGGAGAAAACAGGGCAACUUUGAAGGGGUGUAACUCGGGAUGUACCGAAAAUUUUUGAAAAAAAAAUUGGGAGUGUACUCAUAUAGAGUAGGGGAACACAUUCCAACAAAAAUUUUAUGGAAAUUCUGAGUUUUGCGAAACCCGUUGCGGUACCUAUGUAUACGGUAGUAAAACGCCCAAAAGAUCUGUUUGAGGCAAUGCAGUCAAGUAUGUUGGUACCUUGAAUGAGCGGCCUUUUAAUCCUCUGUUCCACAUAUCUCGGGGUCAGAUGAUCGGAUCGGGCUGAAACUCGGAUCCGAAAUACUUGAAUCCAAGUCCAAGAAGCCUGCAAAGUAUGGGCCCGAUCGGAUCCUUGCAAGUAGGUCAAAAGUCGAAAAUUUUUUAAAGUCUGGGCCGGCCCUUUGCUUAGCGUUGGUGGGAACAUAGUCACAUAAUCCAAGGUAGCAGCAUACUAAACUAUCAAACAUUCAAAAUCGCUUUAAAAUUUUCAACGCCGUCCUCUGGAAAAAACUGAACAACCCUGAAACCAUUUUGAAAUUUCUGCAAGUAUGCUAAUAAAAAGCAAUUAAAUGUGUGUUCAGAAACAAGGAAGAGACGGUCUCGUCGCUGUCGGAGGUCUAUCCGACCGGCUCUUUCGUCCAAAUCAUCGAAGUUCGCGAUCAGGGAAGUGUGCUCGAGUUGGUGCUCAGUGCUCAUCGCAGGUAUUCAUAAAAUAGCGAUAAUUAUCGACAAAUAUACGUUGUAGACUCUUGUAAAACUAUGUUGAAACUGGAACAAAAAACACUCAUUUUCACACUUUUCCAGUUAAAAUAGUGUUUUAUUACAGAGCGAUAACACAGAGAAUCUUGAAACUAUUGAACUUUUUACUCUUGAAAACUUUUGAAACUGAAAAUUCACAGAAUUUUUGCAGAAUCCGAGUGCUGGAACCGAUAGAAGAGUCACUGCCGCCUCCUCCGCCGCCGGCGCCAAAGUCUGAAAGUGCACUGAAUGGGCGCCGAGCACGCGGGAAAAGAGCAUCGGCGGUUCUGCCGCCGACUCCGCCCCCUUCUCCGGAUGCCACGUCAUCAGCAGAAGCAGCGGCCGACGAGAAAUCGACGGAGAAGCAGCAGGAGAGAAAGGGCAUCAUCAUGGUCGGUUUUCACAAGAGGCGUCUGUCGUUUUGUACGUCCGUUGAGGGCGGCACACACGCAAAGACGGACCGGACAAAACAAGUAUAAAAGUCUGGCGAAAUGCUAAAAAUGAAUUUCAGGUACGCACUGAAAAUGUGAGUGCGGAGCCGGUGCCGAAAACGAACGAGACGAAAGCGACGAUGCAGGCGAUUGUGCAGACGAUCAGGUGAGCAAAAAAGACAAAAUGCGCGCCUUUUUUCAGACAAAUGACGAUUUGUACUAUUUUUUUUGCAAAUUUGUUGCAGAGACGUGGUGCAAUUCAAUCAGUUGUUCGGCCAACAGAUCAAUUUACUGCUGCAUCCGUCCCAGAAUGUAAUUGAUAAUCCGGUGUAUUUGUGCGAUUUGGUUGCCACUCUCGUCCAGUCAGCCGAGACGAAGGAUCUUCAGGAGAUGAUGGACGAGUGCGAGGUUCGACUGAAAACAUUGAUUUGAAUAUAUUUUUCACUUUUCUUUCAAAAAGUACUAUGUUUUUGCUGUUCCAAAGAAGUUGGAUUUAAAAAAAAUUGAAUAGUACGUUAUGGGGUUAUUAAGGUUGUGAAAAAAUGAUUUUUUUCCUUUUUUUUCUCGUUUUUUUACGUCAAAAAAUCCAAUCCAGCGAUGUAAAAAAACGAAAAAAAAACGGAAAACAAACAUACGCUGAAUAGCCCCAUUACUCUCCUAAUUAGAGAUUUCUUAGUGAUAAACAAAAGUGUUUCAGGUCGGAAACCGCCUCAAAAUCGCCCUUUUGCUGAUUCAAAAAGAGAAAGCGGUGGCGAAACUGAAGCACGACAUCAAUAAGGACGUGGAGAAGAAAGUGCAGGACCACCAUCGGAAGUAUCUGCUCAAUGAGCAGCUGAAAGUGAUCAAAAAAGAGUUGGGCAUCGAGAAGGACGAGAAAACGACGAUUAUCGAGAAGAUUGACGAGCGAAUGAAGACGUUGCAGGUUUGACGCAGUUUUGUGGAAUUCUUUGGAAACAGUUCUCCCAUUUUCAGGUGCCCGAAUACGCUUUGAAAGUGAUCAACGAGGAAAAGACGAAAUUGCAAUUUUUGGAUCCGCAUUCCAGUGAAUUCAGUGUGACGAGGUGA